CUAACCUUCGAGCCUCGGCGGCAGGCGACGUGGCCCUAUAAAUACGACGGUAGCCUCUACAUCGUCCUCUGUAGUAAACCAACCGUCUGUGCCUCAGUACUUUUCUGAGUUCUCUGUCAACCACAUCACACCACAGCAAGCCAUGGCUCCCAAAAAGGGUCUCCUGCAGCGACUGGAUGAGGGCGUGGUGAUCGGUGAUGGCGGGUUCGUUUUUGCUCUAGAGAAGCGAGGAUAUGUGAAAGCUGGACCCUGGACCCCUGAGGCCACCGUGCAGUAUCCUGACGCUGUGCGUGGACUGCACCGGGAGUUCCUGCGUGCCGGGGCGGACGUGAUGCAGGCCUUUACCUUCUACGCCUCAGACGACAAACUGUCCAACCGCGGUAACAAAUCCAGUGCCAAGUAUACGUGUCGUGGAAUCAACGAUGCCGCGUGCAGGCUGGCCCGUGAAGUGGCCGAGGAAGGCGACGGGUUGGUUGCGGGCGGCCUCUCGCAGACACCCACCUAUCUCUCAGGCAUGAGCAAGGCAGACACACAGAAGGAAUUCCAGAAGCAAGUUGAUGUAUUCGUUGAGAACAAAGUCGAUUUCCUUAUUGCUGAGUACUUCGAGCACGUGGAGGAGAUGGUGUGGGCGAUCGAAGUGUGCCGCAAGUCCGGCCUACCCGUGGUGGCCUCCAUGUGCAUCGGGCCUGACGGCGACCUGCACGGCAUCACUGCCGGGGAGUGCGCAGUCCAGAUGGCCAAGGCCGGGGCCCACGUGGUGGGCAUCAACUGUCACUUUGACCCCUUCAUCACCUUGGAGGGCCUGAGGAAGAUGAAAGCAGCCUUAGACGCAGCAGGCCUCAAGGUUCAUCUCAUUGCGCAGCCCCUCGCCUUCCACACCCCGGAUGCCCAGAAGCAAGGCUUCAUCGAUCUACCAGAGUUCCCCUUCGGGCUGGAGCCUCGCAUUUGUACCCGUUGGGACAUGCACCGCUACGCCAGGGAAGCCUACGAUCUUGGGGUGCGGUACAUCGGCGGGUGCUGCGGUUUCGAGGCGUACCACAUUCGUGCUGUGGCCGAGGAGCUGGCCAAGGAGCGUGGGAAGCUCCCGGCAGGGUCAGAGAAGCACGAACAAUGGGCCGGUGGGCUGAAGAUGCACACCAAGCCGUGGGUUAGGGCAAGAGCCAGCCGGCAGUACUGGGAAAACUUGUGUCCUUCCUCGGGCCGGCCCUUCAGUGCCGCCAUGUCCAAGCCUGAUGCCUGGGGCGUGACUGCCGGCGACUCAAGCCUCAAGCAGAAGACGACUGCCACUACUGAGGAAGAGCUGACAAGCCUUGUGAAACCCGGCAAAGUAGCGAACGGGAAGUGAGGCAGAGCCGCCGGAUAGGAGGCUGCAGAUGUGUCAGUGAGAUAACGAGAAAACACAAGUGACCGGUAUAGUGUGUGUGUGUGUGUGUGUGUGUGUGUCACCUGUUGCGAUAUUUAUUCAUUCUGACUUCCGGUAAGAAUAUACAACUUCGAAACUCACUAUUUUAUUGAACACUACUACUACUAAUGAUAAUUAUGAUAAUAAUAAUAAAGAUGAUAACAAUAAUGAUAAUAAUAAUGAUAAUAAUAAUAAUAAUAAUUAUUAUUAUUAUUAUAAUUAUAACUAUGAUAAUAGAAAUAAUAACAAUGAUAAUGAUAAUAACAAAUAAUAAUAAUAAUAAUAGUGAUAAUAAUAAUAAUAAUAAUAAUAACAAUAAUAAUAAUGAUAAUAAUAAAGAUAAUAAGGAUGAUAAUAAUGACAGUUACUACAUACACAUGAAAAAUGAUAUUUCUUUUCUUUAUGUACUCGUUAGGUUUGUAACAUCAGUGACAGGCGUAAUAAUCAAUAAUAAAUGACUAACAGUAUGUAUGUACGUGUGAUGUGAGGAUGGUGAUAUCCGUGUAAUCAUAAACAGCAGUAAAUGCACUUUGUAUUAGAUGUAGCACCGCCGCCCUUGCUGUCCAAGCUUACUUAAAUUUACGGCAAUAAAUGUGAUUUAUAUCAUGGAUUGGCAAUAAAUGUUUUAUGACAAUGGAUGUACUAUGGAUUGGUCUGUGUGUGCUAUACAGGCAUUGGCCACUGGAUUGUUGCUUCCCUUGUGUUAAGUCUACUUUGAGUGGCGUGUUUGAUGCAAGUAGGCGGCCAUUAAGUAAUUUGAAAUAAAAGUUACGGAAAAUAUGAAA